AUGGGUCUCGUCGCCCUUGUCCUCGAGAACGUUUGCCAACGUUGCUCGAAUCUGUCGGUGUGGACGCUUGCUGGAUUGGGAUUACUCACCUUUCUUGUUGUUGUCGUCGUUCUGAACGUGCUGCGACAAAUUCUCUUCAAAAACCCCAAUGAGCCCCCUGUCGUAUUCCACUGGUUCCCCUUCGUGGGAAGCACCAUCAGCUACGGAAUUGACCCUUACAAAUUCUUUUUUGAUGCGCGCGCAAAGUACGGAGAUAUCUUCACCUUCAUCCUCUUGGGAAAGAAAACCACCGUUUACCUCGGCACCAAGGGUAACGAAUUCAUUCUGAAUGGAAAACUCAGAGAUGUGUGUGCCGAGGAGGUCUACUCUCCUCUCACAACCCCUGUGUUCGGGCGUCACGUCGUAUACGACUGUCCCAACGCGAAGCUAAUGGAGCAGAAGAAGUUCGUGAAAUAUGGCCUUACCUCCGACGCGCUACGCUCCUAUGUACAGCUUAUCACUGCUGAGGUGGACGAUUUUGCCCAGAAAUCCUCGGUUUUUCAGGGCACCGAAGGUAUCUUUGACGUGUCUAAAACAGUGGCCGAGAUUACAAUCUAUACCGCGUCACGCUCGCUCCAAGGGAAAGAAGUUCGCGACAGAUUUGACUCUACUUUUGCGGAGUUAUAUCAUGAUCUUGACAUGGGUUUUGCUCCAAUCAACUUCAUGCUUCCUUAUGCUCCCCUUCCGCACAACCGGAAGCGUGAUGCUGCACAGAGAAAGAUGGCGGAGACAUACACAGAUAUCAUCAAAGCGCGUCGCAAAUCGGGUGACAAGAAGGAUUCUGAAGACAUGGUCUGGAAUUUGAUGUCCUGUGUUUACAAGAACGGCACCCCAUUGCCCGACCAAGAAAUUGCCCACAUGAUGAUCGCGCUCCUGAUGGCUGGUCAACACUCCUCGUCCUCAACGCUUUCAUGGAUCCUUUUGCAUCUCGCGAGACACCCCGAAAUUGUGGAAGAUCUCUAUGAAGAGCAACUCCAGGUCCUAGGCUCUGAUAUACGCCUGACUUUCGAUGACCUACAGAAACUGGAGCUUCAUUCCAAGAUCAUCAAAGAGACCUUGCGCAUCCACGCACCUAUCCACUCGAUUAUCAGGGCAGUCAAAAGCCCGAUGCCUGUACCUGGGACAAAAUAUGUCAUUCCAACUUCCCACAAUGUCCUUUCGUCGCCCGGUGUCAGUGCUAGGUCCGAGGAGUUUUUCCCAGACCCCCUAAAAUGGAAUCCCCACCGUUGGGACGAAAACCCAAUCGCCAACUCUACCGAAGAUGAGGAGAAGAUCGACUACGGGUACGGCCUUGUCAGCAAGGGCACAAAUAGUCCAUAUCUUCCCUUUGGUGCUGGACGACACCGGUGUAUCGGUGAGCAGUUUGCCUACGUCCAGCUCAUCACGAUCACUGCAGCCCUUGUGAGGCAAUUCAAGUUUGACACCGCGUCCGAGUCGGAAAGACAAACUAUCCCAGAGACAGAUUAUUCGUCCCUUUUCUCACGACCUGCUGGUAAAUCGUUCGUGCAAUACAAGAAGCGCGAACGCCAUGCCAAGGAAUAA